GAACUCAAUUCUUUAGUUGUUGGACCUUGCUCUGAUCAAUGGUCUGAUUUUAAUUUUUAGUUUGAGUUAUAUAAAUCUCAAGUGGCUGUGGUCUUUAAGAAGUAUUGCCCAACAUCCAGUUAAUGGAGGCAAGCAUAUUUACUGACAAAACAAGUCAAAGGCUUGAAGUGGGUCAAACAUGGUAUAAUCCUUGGGUUUAGCAGUGAUACAAGGAAAUUUGGGUAAACAAGGAAAACAAAACAGGGAGUUGGGAGAUUCCUUAUUCAAAGUGGCUUGGAAGGUCUCAGCCUUGCUUAAAACUGGAAUACCUUCAAAUGAGUAUCUUGAAGGUGUUGCUCAUGAAAUUCAGGAUGGCUGGAAGAAACUGGGACGAAGGUUGAGAUUGACAGGGUCAAUACUGUCCAGCACUAACGAAGAAGAGGAAUUUCCCUCAGAGAAGUGCUACAAAAUGCUUUUGUACUGUAAGCAACAUUACGGUUCUUCAGCUGAGUUUAAGACUCUUGCAGCAGGCUUAGAACAUCCCUUCGUCCAAAGUAGAGACCUUGCUUACAAGUAUUGCUACAUCACCACAGGUUCUGGACAAAUGAAAGAGAAUUGCAUACAAGGGCUUGGAAGGACUCAGCCUCACUUAAAAUUGGAAUACCUUCAAAUGAGGAUCUUGAAGGUGUUACUAUUGAAAUUCAGGAUGGCUGGAUGAAACUGGGACGAUAUUUUGGAUUGAAACGGUCAGUACUCUGCAACAUUAACGAAGAAAAGAAAUUCCCCUCUGAGAAGUGCUACCAAAUGCUUUUGUACUACAAGCAACAUUACGGUUCUUCAGCUGAGUUUAAGACUCUUGCAGCAGGCUUAGAACAUCCCCUCGUCCAAAGAAGAGACCUUGCUUACAAGUAUUGUUACAUCACCACAGGUUUUGGACAAAUAGGAAGAGAAUUACGUACAAUACCUCCUGAGAUCAAAGCUCGAGGAUUAGAAGCAGAACUAGCAUAUGAAAAUGCGCUGCGGAUCGGAAAGGUCAAGGUCUACCGUGCCCGAAUCAUACUGAUUGGCCAAGACCGUGCGGGAAAGACAAGUCUCAAAAAGUCCCUAUUAGGUUUACGAUUUGAUCCUGAAGAGCAGAGUACUAGUGGAAUUGAAGUAGACCCAUCAUCAUUUGAAGUUAAUGUUGAUCAGGAAUCACAGGCAGACGCUGAUAGACAUAAUCAAUAUUCACCCAAAACACCUCAUUUGAUGAGCAACUCUUCUGAUCACCACAUGGAAAGAUCCGAUCACCAGAACUCUCAAAUCAAGAUUGAUACAUCCAAACCUCCAGAGGAAUUUUGCAAAUCCCUUAUUCAGUAUCUGAAAGGGUUAAAUCUACAAAGCUCAUCUGCAGAACCAGUUGUACAUAUUGACAUAUGGGACCUAGCUGGUCAGCAGCUAUAUUAUGCCUCUCAUCCAGUGUUUUUAUCCACCCGAGCAUUGUACCUGUUGGUGUUUAAUCUUAGCAAAGGAUUACAAGACACUGCUGUGUCGUAUGUUAGACAAGGUAUCCAUAACAGAUGUUUGGAAAAUCCAACUGGGGAAACAAACUUGAAAAAUCUUUUGUCUUGGCCAGUUUCAAUUGAUGCUUUCAGUCCAAUACAACAAGAAGCAGGAAAGAAACAAACUCCAUAUUUGCGACCUCCAGUGUUGAUGGUUGGAACACAUGCUGACAAACCAUUUCAGGACAUUGAGGAAAUGAACGUUCAAAUUCGGAAGAAACUUUCUGAAAAGCGGUGCGGAAGACACGUCAACACCCAAUAUUUCUCUGUAGAUAACACCCAAUCAUCGUCAGAUGCUGGAAUUAUUAAACUGCGAGAUGAAAUACUGAAAGUGUUGAAGCGGGAGCCUUAUAUGGGAGAGCAGGUCCCUGUAAGGGCCUACAAUCCAAGUUUGUCGACUACUCGCAUCGUUUAGAGGAAGAUGGUAUCCUUUCCAUGGAACUUGUCCGUCAUGUCUUCUCAAAGUUUAUUAAGGAAAAUCCUGUUGCUGAAAAGGACAUCCUAGACAUGAUGGAGCGUUUUGGUCUUGUCGCUAAGUUUGCAACAUCAACGCAGGAGUCUGAGCUGUAUUUUGUACCAGCGCAGCUCAGAUCGUCACCGAAAGAUGUGUGUGAAAUGAAACCAUCAGACUUGGAUCCAUGUCCGUUAUAUCUUUGUUUCCCCAAUGAUUUUGUUCCCCAUGGGAUUUUCUACCAGCUUGUCUCUCGUUGUAGCGGUUGGUGUUCAGAAAACGGCUUCAGAAACCCACCCACCCUUCAUUACCAUAUAGCUAGGUUCCCUAUCGAAAAGAAGUUUUUCCAUCAAUUAAUUCUUCUUUGCAAAAAGGGGUACAUCAAAAUUGUCUUGAAGCACAGAGAACCAGUCAGUGAAGAAUGUCUAGUCGAAGGAGAGGAAGUCGCUGAAGAUUUGCGAAAUUUUCUUGACAGAACUUUGCAAGAUAUAUCUCAGCAAAUUCCUUGGCGAGGCAAUUUGAAGUAUGACUUGCGCGUUGAAUGUCCGUUUUGUUCAUCAGAGAGACGUAACUGUCAGGACCAUGACAAGAUAUCCUGCACCCAUGAAGACUGCCUAUGUCUUAUUGAGAUGGCACCAGCAGGAAAACUGUUUUGUAAAAAAUGCUCGUGUGGCAAAGAACCUACGUUUCCUGGUCUAGAAAAAUGGUUCUUGAGGGCUCGUUCCAAGUAUGACGUAGCUUCUACAUCACAAGUAGAACCUGUGCAAGAUUGUCAUCAUCUUGAAAGGUUGAAAGUUACUCUUCUAGGUGAAGAGUGGACCUCACAGGGUGGUGGACUGUCAACUUUCAACAGGGGACGGAACUGGCGAAACAUCUGGCGAAGCUGAAGCAUUCUGAAGUGGAAGUCACUGUGUUGGUUCCCUAGGAUGCUUGUACCCAGAAAGAUAAAGACGAUGCUUGGGGAAAUGGAGUCAGGGUUAUGGAAGCAAAGAAAUGUGUAUACUAUAAACCUGCUGAUUGGUUAAUUUCUCCACCGGAAGACUUCAAUGCAGCUGUUGUUUUUGGUCACGGAAGAAUAUUUGGACCACAAGUACAAAUUCUGAAACGACCCCCGUAUAAUUGCAAGUGGAUCCAAGUGGUGCAUACUGAUCAAGAAGAACUUGCCAAGUACAAAGGCUAUGAUUGUCCUAUCUCUGAAGGUCAGAGAAAACGCGACACUGAGAUUACCCUCUGCAAAAUAGCUAAUCUCGUCGUACCCGUUGGACCCAAACUGUGCGAGAAGUACUCUUCAUACCUAGCGUCAAAACCAGAUGGAAAUAUUGUUCCGUUGACCCCAGGUCUUUUUUAAGAAUUUGGGGAUUUGCCAGAUUUAAAUAAAGAUCCAGAAGGGAGGUCCGAGUUCAAGGUGUUAUUGUGUGGUCGUGGUGAUCCGGAGGACUUUGAGCUGAAAGGUUACGACAUUGCCGUCCAGGCCUUUGCUGGUGGGGAGUUGAGGGAAACGCGGUGUAGCCUCUUAUUUGUGGGUGUCCGUGAUGGAGAGCAAGAUGAGAAAACAAAACUACUUCUCAGCUAUGGCGUCGAUAAAAAGCAGUUGUGCGUCAGAGGAUUUGUCGGAAGCAGGGCAAAAAUGAAGGACCUACUCUGUGAAGCUGAUCUGGCAAUCAUGCCGUCGCGAGCCGAGGGUUUCGGUCUCAUCGCCCUCGAGGCAUUGUCUGCUCGUCUUCCUAUUCUGGUCAGCGGUAAUUCAGGCUUCGCGCAGGCCAUAAGAGACUUACCGAAUGGAAAGUUGUUUAUUGUUGAUUCAGAGAAACCCGAGGAAUGGGCAACUGCAAUCGCAGCUGUUGAAAAACGGCAUAGGGAGUACAUACAGAUCAAGGAACUGCGUGAAGCAUAUGGAAAGAAAUACAGCUGGAAGGAGAAGUGUGAAACUCUUGUGGACCAGAUGAGGAAGAUGGUUCAGGGUGUAAACUGAAAGAUAGAAAAUGCAGUUAAGCAAGUCUGGGGGAAAAUACAAGUGCACAAGCUUGUGGCGUUAAUACACAACCCAAGAAGCUCUCACUUAGAUUGUGUUUCUACCUAUGCUUCUUUCGUUCUGUUGCUGUUCCCUGCGAGGUUUACAACAGAACAGGGCGUAGUCAAAGCUCUAUUUGUUACCUGGAAAAUGGCAUAGCACCAACUUAUAUGAGGCGCGAGUCUCUGUCAGAUUUCGUCCUUCAUGCCUUUUUUUUCAGUAAUUUGCUUCGAUUUUUGAUAGUAUCUCUACUGCCUCUUCUGCUGACAGUUUUGCCGUUUACAAAGUAAGGAAAUCUUUAGCAAAAUGCAAGAGUUUUUUUAACGCCAAAAUACGUAGUAUACAUUUUUUGAUCAACACCAAACGCGAAUCAAAAGCGCAUACUUUUUCCCUAGUCAAAUUUCCCGCCAAAAGAAUUGGCAUAUUUUUUGAGCAACAGUAAACCAAGUUAAAAAAAAAAUUAGAUAACUAUUAUUUAGUUAUUCGAAGAAAAUAGUUUUUGCCAGAAGUUUUGUUAUUUUUUUGGCUUUUUUAAAAGAGCAUUUUUUAGGAGGUUAUUUCUACGCAAACAUCUACUUUUAAGGUGUAAUUUCUCUCUUUUACAAGAGCGUCUAUCCACGAGCUCGAUGAAUUCUAUAUCGUGUAAUAAAGUACUUGAGAAGUUUGAAUUCAACUUUCAAACCUGAAAGGAAAAAGUAGCAAGCUAAGGACUUUGUUUACUCUGUGAGAAACUAGGGUUAUUGUUGAGGUAUUUUCUUCUCGAUACAACCCACUGUUAUCGACUAUUCUCGUCUCGUGUAAUUAGUUUCAGUUAAUUCCUCUUCUUAGUUCGACCAAAUACGGGGUUAGCUGGACCGCAGUCCAAAGUUUUGCAUGUUGACAAUUUCGAAUGGUAGGAAUACUAUGUAGAACCUUCCAACGUGGCCGUGGAGGUUAAUAAUUGAUGCUUUCUAAAGCACAAUUCCAACCCCGCUACCAGAGUCUCUCAUCUUUGCGCCCCUUGGAACGAGAGAGACGUUGGCGCACUUCUACUUUAAUCUGGUUUCAUGUAAUUUGGUCCUAAACACUGAAUACAGUAUUGUAAUGAACUGACCACUUCAAC